GUGAAGUCAUCCUCGCCAAGACACUUCCUUCGAACACACUCUGCAAUGAGUUGCGGCAGCUUGUAGCUGCUUCGCGGCAGCAGAGCUCGGAAACAGUUCAGCUGCUGCUCAAUGGGGAGUUGCUGGUCUGUGACACUCUCACGAUCGAGGGCGCGGCUUUUGAACAUGGCCAGUGCCCAGACGGAGCUCUGGAAUUUACUGCAGUGUUGGAGCCGAAAGGGAGAUUUGCGCUGGAAAGGUGCGACAGAGCUCCGGGACUUUACAUCAGUGAAGUGAACAACCACCGUGUGACCCACUGGGAUUGCGAGAGAGCAGGCGGAGCAGGCAUUGUGGGAAGGAUCGUGGUCGGGGGGUUUGGGCGAGGCUCCGGGCCGGGUCAGCUCGCUGGGCCUAGGGGUCUUUGCUUCGACGAAAACUCCGGAGUUUUCUAUGUUGCGGAAGCUGGAAACCGUCGUGUCACCCGUUGGUGCCCACGGAAAGAGGGAGCAGCAGGCGGCGGCCAAGCCGUCAUUGGCGACGACAGAGCCCGUGGUGAGGUGGAGGAGCCUGGUGGCAUCUGUCUGGGCAACGGGGGGAAGAUCUACAUCGCAGAUGUUCGUGGGCAUGCUGUUGGCUGCUGGAGUCAGGAAUUUCAGGAGGCCUGCAUUGUAGCUGGUGGCCGUGGGCCGGGAGAUGGCUUGGACCAGUUGGACCGCCCGGUGGACGUGGCCGUCGACUCCAAGGGUUUCCUGUACGUCGCAGAGUUUGGCAACGACAGGGUGACCCGUUGGAAGGACAAGACCUGUGAAGUCAUUGCGGGUGGGAGGGGCUCUGGCGAUGCACUGGAGCAGCUGGCCUCGCCGACUGCGAUCUGCCUCCAAGAAUCUAGAGAUGGCGUCAGCGUCUUGGUGGCAGAGGCGGGGAACCAUCGCGUGAGCCGUUGGACACCUGGGAUGACACGCUGUGAAAUCGUUGUUGGAGGGGUAGGCUCGCUACCAGAGCUUGAAACCCCAAGUGGCCUUUGCUAUGAUGCUGCGGACGGUAGCAUCUAUGUCGCAGAGGCUGGCAGCAACCGAGUGACCCGCUGGAUGCCUGGAGCGCUGUUAGAUGAGCAACUUGCGGGACGGUUAUCGCCGGCGGACAAGGACGAGGCAAUGAUCUCAAUCAAUUGA